AUGGCAGAAAAAAUUGGAGCAGAAAUUAAAAUUCCACGUAUUACAUCCGAACAAAAAAAUAGAAUAAAUUACGAAACCGAUUCUGCUGAACACUAUUACAGACUUUCUAUUUUUAUUCCGUACUUGGAUUCACUAAUAUCAUCUCUUUCACAACGAUUUUCAAGUAUAAAUACAAUAGCAUUCUCAAUAAGUCUACUGCAUCCUACAAAUAUUGAAAAGUACACCAUUAAUGAUUUCAAAGAAAAAAUUAAGCUGAUUAAAUCGAAAAUAUGA